AAAGCAAAGCAAUUUAUCGGUGCAGACCUCUUUGCACAGACAACUUGAUAGGAGAACCGUUUUAUCCUUUUUCCACAAGUAAUUUGCCAGAUUUGAUAUAACCGAACCUUAAUGACGACUAGGCCGAUUCUAAAAGACCAGAAACUGGAUGAUAAAGGUAUUUCCGUUCCACUCAGCGUGAGGCCGUCUCACGACGGAGUCGAGAUUGACUACGAAGCCCUCCCCGAGAACUCUCCCGUCGUCGCGCAACUUGUCGCUGGAGCCUUUGCCGGUAUCAUGGAACACACGGUAAUGUAUCCUAUUGAUGCCAUCAAAACCCGGAUGCAAACAUUGAAAGUUCCGCUUAACGAAGGAGUCAUCCAAUCAUUUUCUAAAAUCUCCUCCACAGAGGGAGCGAUUGCAUUAUGGCGAGGGGUUUCAUCUGUUGUUCUGGGGGCGGGACCUGCUCAUGCUGUAUAUUAUUUGGUUUUUGAGUCUACUAAGACCGCUCUCUGUCAGGUUUCCGCAUCUUCACAUACUCACGGCAGCGCUAGUUUUAUCACAGAUGAGAAACACCCUAUCAUAGCAUCAAUGUCGGGAAUAGCAGCGACAAUCACUUCAGACGCUUUAAUGACUCCGUUUGACGUCUUAAAACAAAGAAUGCAGAUCCUUAACAAAAAGCUUUCCGGCAGGACAUCAAUGUCGCAUGUUGCGUGGGACAUCUACAAAAGAGAAGGUUUGAGACAAUUUUAUAUUUCUUACCCCACAACCUUGAUCCUUAACAUUCCAUUUGCUGCCAUUAAUUUCGGAGUUUAUGAGUAUUCAAGCUCCAAACUCAAUCCGGACCAGCUUUACAAUCCAAUGCUGCACUGUGUUUCCGGUGGAAUUAGUGGUGCUGCCGCUGCUGCUCUUACCACGCCCUUGGACUGCAUCAAAACGGCAUUACAGACAAGAACCAUCCCUAAUGUGACAGGCUUCAAGUCUGCUGCGAUUGGUCUGUACAAAGCCGGAGGCUCAAGUGCAUUCUGGAGGGGUCUCAGCCCUCGUGUCAUAUUCAACGUGCCGUCAACUGCUAUUAGUUGGACCGCAUACGAGAUGGCCAAGGCAUAUCUUCUCAACGACAAAUUCGAACCUUAAAUAGCAAUUCCCUGUGUAUAGAUGCAUAGAACGCGAUGAUGCAUGACGUUAUGUUUUUUGUAAGAGUUCCUUCCUCAAAUAGCGCAAGUCUGGAGCUGUCAGCUUUUGGGCCACAAACGAAAAUACCACGCAAGAUGUCAAAAAUCCCAUGAAAUUGUAGAAGGCUUUUCGAGAGAACAUUCGCUCCUCCUCCUCAGUGCGGAACGAAUUGAAAAUCUUCCGUAUUCUUUGAAUCAUUGAAAGCAGAAGAAGGAUUUCUG